UGGUGACAUUAUGUCAAACGGCGAUUCUGUGACCGACUAUCGGGUGCUAUCCAUCCAGAGUCAUGUGGUAUCCGGAUAUGUGGGCAAUAAGAGUGUUGUCUUUCCACUACAAGUAUUGGGUCUGGACGUGGAUGCCAUCAAUUCUGUGCAGUUCUCCACUCAUACGGGUUAUGAGCACUGGUCGGGACAGGUGUUGGACUCCAAUGAUCUGAACGUAUUGUUUGACAAUUUAGCCAAAAAUGAUUUACACAAACGAUACACACAUAUAAUGACCGGUUAUGUGGCGAAGGCAUCCUUUUUAGAGACCAUCGCUCAAGUGGUCGCUACUGUUAAGAGUGUCAAUCCCGGAGCUAUUUAUCUUUGCGAUCCAGUAAUGGGCGACAAUGGACAAUUUUAUGUGCCCAAAGAAUUGCUUCCCAUUUAUCGCAACAAAAUCAUACCGAUUGCAGACAUUAUUACUCCCAAUCAGUUUGAAGCUGAAUUAUUAACGGGUAUCAAAAUAGAGACCGAAUCGGAUGCCAUUAAAGCACUGGAAGCGCUCCAUUGCAUCGGUAUUCCAACAGUUGUCAUAUCGAGCAGUAAUUUAGCCGCAGAUGACUCACAAAUGAUGACAAUAGCCAGCAGUCGAGUGAAUGGACGGACACAAAGAGUUAAGAUAACAUUUCCUAAACUAAACGCCACAUUCACCGGAUCCGGCGACCUCUUUGCCGCACUCUUUAUGGCGUGGUUUACAAAAAGCAAUCAAGACUUGAAGAUAACUUGCGAGAAGACUUUGUCCACUUUGUUAGCAGUACUCAACCGAACCUAUGAUUAUGCUGUCAAACAGACCGGCGGUACAAAAGAUGUUAAAAAUAUUGAAUUGAGAUUAAUUCAAAGUCGUGCA